UCUUUUUUGGGGACACAGUUCAACCCCUAACAUUUCCAGGGAAGCCACUAUUGAAAGCGAAGAGUCAGGUUCAGAGGGCUGACCCUCGAGGAUUUGUCUGCUCACUCACGCUCGCGCAGUGAGUGGUUACUGUUUGCCUCUCCUCUCGUGAGCCAGUGGGCUCGGUGCUGGAGAUCAUAGGGCAGGCAAAUGGUGUGAGCUUUGCUGCAAAUGCUCACACUUAAAUCUAGAAUCAUAGCCAGCCCGGAUGGUUCAGUGGUUAAAGUUUGGCGCUCCCACCGCUUCAGCGGCCCAGAUUCAUUUCCUGUUUGCGGAACCACACUACCCGUCUGUCAGUUGCCAUGCUGUGGCGGCAGCUCACACGGAAGAACUAGGAAGACUUACGACUAGGAUAUACAACCAUGCACUGGGGCUUUGGGAAGAAAAAUAAAAUCUAGAAUCAGUGGGAUGAGAGGGAAACAGGUGACUGAGAGAGUCCCUGCCCUCACGCAUUUAUAGAAGGAACGUACACAAAGAACUAAAAUGCAAGGUGGGAAGUUCUGAGUGCCAGCGAAGACGGCAGGAGAGGUAGACAGGGUUUGGAGGAGGGAAAGAUUCAUUUCAGCGAAGGGAUGAGAAUGGCUCCCUGGGGGAAGCGGCCUUUGAACUGUGCCUCGCUCACGUGAUGGUGGAGUUGGAUGAGCAGCGGGAAGAACCCAAGGCAGGAGUCAGUGAGACUGAAGAGAAAUUGGACGUUCUGCUGGCUGCAUAAGUACCUAUGGACUAUGGCAGGAAAAGUGAAGUGGGUCACUGAUAUCGAGAAGUCGGUGCUGAUUAAUAACUUUGAGAAGAGAGGAUGGGUCCAGGUGACAGACAGCGAGGACUGGAACUUCUACUGGAUGAGUGUGCAGACCAUCCGAAAUGUUUUCAGUGUUGAAGCUGGCUAUCGGCUCUCAGACGAUCAAAUAGUCAACCAUUUUCCGAACCACUAUGAGCUGACCCGGAAGGAUCUGAUGGUGAAGAAUAUUAAAAGAUACAGGAAAGAGCUGGAGAAAGAAGGGAGUCCUCUGGCAGAAAAAGAUGAAAACGGAAAAUACCUCUAUCUGGACUUUGUUCCGGUCACCUACAUGCUGCCCGCCGACUACAACCUGUUCGUGGAGGAGUUCCGGAAGAGCCCCUCCAGCACCUGGAUCAUGAAGCCUUGUGGCAAAGCCCAGGGGAAGGGAAUCUUCCUGAUCAACAAGCUCUCGCAAAUCAAAAAGUGGUCCCGGGACAGCAAAACAUCUUCGUUUGUGUCCCAGUCCACCAAGGAAGCCUACGUGAUCUCUCUCUACAUUAACAACCCCCUGCUCAUCGGUGGGAGGAAGUUCGACCUGCGCUUGUACGUUCUGGUGUCCACGUACCGCCCGCUGCGCUGUUACAUGUAUAAACUUGGGUUUUGCCGCUUUUGCACGGUCAAGUACACCCCAAGCACCAGCGAGCUGGACAACAUGUUCGUUCAUCUCACCAACGUUGCCAUUCAGAAACACGGGGAGGACUACAACCACAUCCACGGCGGCAAGUGGACUGUGAACAACCUGCGGCUCUACCUGGAGAGCACCCGAGGCAAGGAGGUGACCGGCAAGCUGUUCGACGAGAUCCACUGGAUCAUCGUGCAGUCGUUGAAGGCCGUGGCGCCGGUGAUGAACAAUGACAAACACUGCUUCGAGUGCUAUGGCUACGACAUCAUCAUAGACGAUAAGCUGAAGCCCUGGCUGAUUGAGGUUAAUGCAUCCCCGUCUCUCACCUCCAGCACUGCCAACGAUCGGAUCCUUAAGUAUAACCUGAUUAAUGACACCCUCAAUAUUGCGGUCCCGAAUGGCGAAAUUCCAGACUGUAAAUGGAACAAGUCACCCCCAAAGGAAGUUCUUGGCAAUUAUGAAAUUCUGUAUGACGAAGAGCUGGCGCAGGGUGAUGGGGCUGACCGCGAGCUGAGGAGUCGUCCGGGCCAGUCAUUAGGGCCCAAAGGGGGCCGAUCGAGAGACUCGGGGAGAACCGUCCUCACCACCUGGAAGUGACCACCAGCGAGAGCAGAAGACUCCGGCGGGACCCUACCGGAACUUCUCACUGCACCCAGCCCUUGCCAAAGACCUGUUUUGAAAUUUCCUUUUUCUAGAGCUUUUUUCCUUUCCUAAGCCCUGUAAAUAAAUAAAGGCACUUCUUUGGAAGGUUAA